AGAGAAAGUGGCAUCGCAUAGGUACAGAUACAGACACAACCCGGUAAAAACCCCAUCCUAGUGCCACACGAUUUUCUCUUUCUUCCUCUCUCUCUCUCUCUUUCUCUCUCUGGCGGAGGUUUACUUUUGAUCAAGUACCUGCUAUCCCUAUGUAUAAGCAUGGAUUUCUGGCAUACUGUUGUUUGAUCAAGCAGGUUCCGUAUUGGUUGAGGAAGCCUAGACUCAAUAUUUAGUUAUUGCAACCGGUUGUGUUUCUGAUGGAUGAUGCUGGGCAUCGUGAAAACGGUAGGCACAAAGCAGAUCAAUAUAAAUCUGCUCAAGGACAGUGGCUGAUGCAACAUCAGCCUUCCAUGAAGCAGAUCAUGGCAAUUAUGGCCGAAAGAGAUGCAGCCAUCCAAGAAAGAAAUCUGGCCAUUUCUGAGAAGAAGGCAGCAUAUGCUGAGCGUGACAUGGCAUUUCUGCAGCGGGAUGCUGCAAUUGCAGAACGAAAUAAUGCAAUUUUGGAACGAGACAAUGCAAUUGCAACUCUUCAGUAUCGAGAAACCUCGAUAGGUAGUGGCAGUAUGUCAUCAUGUCCUCCGGGAUGCCAAAUUUCACGUGGUGUCAAGCAUAUACAUCAUCCCCAGCAACAGGUACACCAUAUACCUAACAUGGGUGAUCCUUCUUACAGCACACGGGAAAUGCACACAACCGAUGCCCUCCCUGCAGCUCCCAUCACUUCUGAGGCUGGGAAAUCAAGGCGGGCCAAGCGGCCCAAGGAACCAAAGUCAACUUCACCUAAUAAGAAGACUCCAAAAGCAGCAAAAAAAGUCAAAAAGGAGAGUGAAGACUUGAAUAAGGUUAUGUUUGGCAAAGCACAUGAGUGGAAAAAUGGUCAGGAAAUGGUCAACGGAGGCGAUGAUCUUAACAAGCAGUUAGUAGUGUCUAAGGCUGAUUGGAAAGGUCAGGACUUGGGAUUGAACCAAGUGGCUUAUGAUGAGUCAACCAUGCCAGCGCCUGUAUGUUCUUGUACCGGUGUCCUGAAGCAGUGUUACAAAUGGGGCAAUGGAGGUUGGCAGUCUGCCUGUUGCACAACCACUCUGUCAAUGUAUCCACUUCCUGCAGUGCCAAACAAGAGGCAUGCUCGUGUUGGAGGUCGGAAGAUGAGUGGUAGCGCUUUCAACAAGCUGCUCAGUCGCCUUGCCGCAGAAGGUCACGAUCUGUCAAACCCUGUUGACCUCAAAGACCAUUGGGCCAAACACGGGACGAACCGAUACAUUACAAUAAAAUAGAUGGUGAGAAAUUGUUUCUGGAGCAGCAUUGCAUGAUUAGAAACAGCUUUUAGUGAUCAAUUAUGGAUUAUCGAGUCGAGCGAGGGAAAUAAUGUUAAGUGUAAAGGUUAUCUGGGAAAGCUUAAUGGUUACAGUAUGCCUGUACCUAUAUUUAGAAUGCGUAAUGGUGCUAGAUGUUGGCUAAAUGAAGGGGUUGAAGACAUGACUAAGUAAUCAGUCAUCCUUACCAUUUUUACGCAUUUAGUCUCCUGAGAUUUUCUGGUGGCACCCAUGGCAAGUGUAAAAUGUCUACAUGGUGGAUAAAUAGUUGUUAGAUAGUCUUGAUUAAUCCAUGUAGCUCUUAAACCCGAAAUAUUGUAGACUCGUGCCCUCAGUCAUCCUGGAAAACCUAAUCUGGUUAGUAUGUAAAUCGACUAUGUAUGUUAAUUGUAUCCCUGUUUCACGUUUG